AAGCCGUUGAAAUUCAAAUGCUUGUAUUUGAGGAAAUCCUCGAUCACCAAAUCGAUCUCAGCAGCACCGUGAAGAUUAAUUGAGGUUUUUGUAUCUCAGAUGAGAGAAUCAUUUAGUCUAGAAUUAGGAACAGUUCUGUUUAGAUCAUAAAUGAAAUCCAAAUUCAUGAAAUCUAAUAUGACGGAAUUGUCCAUAUUGUUCGUAGAUCGUUCCUCAGACAUUCUGAACUAACUCGGCAUACUUUUAUCGGGUUUCUGGAUAAAGUGCUGUCAAAGUCACAAGUUUGAUUUGUUAUUGUUUGCGUUUGUUUUCGCAAAAAGUGGAAAUCUUGUAUUUCUUGUGCAUUGUUAUCAAUUUUUGAUAUGACGACAAAUAGGAAUGCGGACGUGCAAAAUCCCCUGUAUGGCCAGCUGGUCGUGGGUCCUCCGGGAUCAGGGAAGACGACGUACUGCGAGCGGAUGCUGAAGUUCCUCCAGCAGCUGGGCAGGAGGGCUGAAGUGGUGAAUCUGGACCCAGCCAACGACAGCAUGGACUACCAGGCGAGCAUUGACAUCAUGAAGCUGAUCACAGUGGAGGAUGCCAUGGAUCACCUGGAGCUGGGCCCCAACGGUGCCCUGAUUUACAGCAUGGAAUACCUGGAGACGAACUUUGACUGGCUAGUGAAGCAGAUCCGCGCCUCGAAGAGCAACUACUUCAUCUUCGAUUGUCCUGGACAGGUGGAGCUGUACACCCAUCACGAUUCCAUGACGCGAAUGUUCGCGAAGCUGGAACAGAUGGGCUACCAUCUGUGCGUGGUUCAUCUCGUGGAUUCUCACUACUGCUCCGAGCCCAGUAAGUUCAUCUCAACGCUCUUCCUCUCGCUCAACACGAUGCUCCAAAUGGCGCUGCCGCAAGUGAAUGUGCUCAGCAAGGCUGACCUGCUGAGACAAUUCGAGUCAAAGUUAGCCUUCGGGAUGGAUUUUUACACGGAAGUCCUGAAUCUCGAGUACCUGUUGGAGGCUCUGGAUGAAACGCCUGGCAUGGGGAAGUAUGGGAAGCUGAAUGCGGCUAUCGUGUCCCUCAUUGAGUCUUACAGCCUCGUGUCCUUUCACCUGCUGGACGCCAACAAGACUGAGAGUCUCCUGCGACUCAAGAACGCCAUCGACAAGGCCAACGGAUAUGUCUACGCUGCCGGAGAGGAGAUGGCAAAGAUGAAUGUGAAACGGCUUAUUUAACUGUAAAAUGCUAUUUUGAAGCUGAUCCUACACAUUCCAUGCUAAUUUGAGGAGUUCCAAAGUAAGGUCAAUGUUCCUGAAUAGUCAAAGUUAGUUCAAAUCCC